AUGUGGGCCACCCGCCGCGAGCCCAUUCAGAUUGGGCUCGGCCUCCAGCGGCGGCAGAUGGAUCUCACGGAGCAGGGCAUCGGCCACCCCACUGCCGUGGGCUUCGCACGGCCUUACAGGGAGGGCAUCGGGGCGAGCGAUGCGACACCUCACCAGGUCGCCCGCUGGAGCGAGGGUAUCGGCCACCCCACCGCUGUGGGCCUCGCUCGGACUUAUCGGGAGGGCAUCGGGGCGAGCGACGCAGCACCUCGCCAGGCCGCCGAGGGGAACGGGUUGUGCGAGGGCAUCGGCCACCCCACCGCGGUGGGCCCCGCUCGGUCUUACAGGGAGGGCGACGGGGCGAGCGUCGCCACACCUGCCCAGGCCGCCUUCAGCAACUCCAUGUGCGGGGGCAUCGGCCACCCCACCGCUGUGGGCCUCGCUCGGACUUACAGGGAGGGCGACGGGGCGAGCGUCGCGACACCUCGCCAGGCCGACAAGAGCAGCGCCAUGUGCGAGGGCAUCGGCCACCCCACCGCGGUGGGCCUCGCUCGGGCUUACUGGGAGGGCGACGGGGCGAGCGUCGCUGCACCUGCCCAGGCCGCCUUCAGCAACUCCAUGCGCGGGGGCAUCGGCCACGCCGCCGCUGUGGGCCUCGCUCGGACUUACAGGGGGGGCGACGGGGCGAGCGUCGCAGCGCCUCACCAGGCCGCCAGGAGCAGCGUCGUGCGCGAGGGCAUUGGCCACCCCACCGCGGUGGGCCUCGCUCGGGCUUACAGGGGGGGCGACGGGGCGAGCGAGCACCUCCGUGAGUGA